AUGUUUGGAGAUAAUCUUUCAAAACGAUUGCAGUCCAUACCUCUUUCAAAUGAAACUGUUGCUCGUCGAAUUGGUGAUAUAGAUGAAGAUGUACAGAGUCAGCUUUUCUCGAAAUUGCGUGAGAAAUUGUUUUCAACGCAGCUUGAUGAAGCAACAGAUAGUAAUAAAGAUGUUCAUUUAAUUGCCUAUGUUCGAUUUUGUGAUAACGUGCCAGUAGUAGAAAAGCUACUUUUCUAUAAACCAAUAGAACUCAAAACAACAGCGCCCGCAUUAUUUGCUAUUUCAAAUGAUUUUAUGAACGAGGCAAACAUUGAAUGGAAAAAUUGCGUCGGAAUAUGCACCGGUGGUGCUCGUUCAAUAUCCGGAAGAUUCCAAAGUAUACAAGCACUUGUAAAACAAAAAUCGCUUCAUAGAUUUGGACACAUUGUAUGA